CUCCGAGAAAAACAAAAGCCUCCGCUGCAUUUUCGCUCUCCUUCAUAAAUAAUAACACAAACACAAGCAGAAGAGCGAAUGAAAAGCACGCCUUGACCGCGAGAAAGCUUUUUUUAUCGUAGACGUCAGUUAUCAAACACCUUCCUUUCUCUCUAUCUUGGAUCUCGAUCUUCAUCUGCUCAUUGCUUUAGACGCCAUGGCUUGUGCUAGUUUCGCUAAACUAAACGCAGCGUCGUCCUCUUGGAUCGGCCAACAGUCCUUUGGUCAGCGACCGGGAUCAUCCUCAGCACGCCUUACCACUCGUCGAGUCUCCCUCCCGAUCCGUGCUAGUUCUUACAAGGACGAGCUUGUUCAAACGGCUAAAUCUAUUGCAUCGCCUGGUCGCGGCAUCCUCGCGAUUGAUGAAUCAAAUGCAACUUGUGGGAAGAGGUUGGCAUCUAUUGGCUUAGACAACAACGAGGUCAACAGACAAGCAUACAGACAACUCUUGUUGACCACUCCUGGCCUUGGUGAAUAUAUUUCUGGUGCCAUUCUUUUUGAGGAAACACUCUACCAGUCUACUGUUGAUGGAAAGAAGUUUGUGGACUGCUUGCGUGAUGAGAAUAUUGUACCUGGCAUCAAAGUUGACAAGGGUUUGGUACCUCUUCCAGGAUCAAACAAUGAGUCUUGGUGUCAAGGCUUGGAUGGAUUGGCCUCAAGGUCUGCUGAAUACUACAAGCAAGGUGCACGAUUUGCCAAGUGGAGGACUGUAGUCAGCAUUCCUUGUGGCCCUUCUGCUCUAGCUGUUAAGGAAGCUGCAUGGGGACUUGCACGUUAUGCUGCCAUUUCUCAGGACAAUGGCCUUGUGCCCAUAGUUGAACCUGAGAUUCUUCUUGAUGGAGACCAUGGAAUUGAGAGAACACUUGAGGUUGCAGAGAAGGUCUGGGCAGAAGUGUUUUUCUACUUGGCUGAAAACAAUGUUGUGUUUGAGGGCAUCCUGCUUAAGCCUAGCAUGGUAACACCAGGAGCUGAGCACAAAGAGAAGGCUUCUCCUGAGACCAUUGCCAAAUACACACUCACAAUGCUUAAGAGAAGAGUACCACCUGCAGUUCCUGGAAUCAUGUUUUUGUCAGGAGGACAAUCUGAAGUAGAAGCAACUCUUAACCUCAAUGCAAUGAACCAAAUCCCCAACCCAUGGCAUGUUUCCUUCUCAUAUGCACGAGCGCUGCAAAACACUGUGCUCAAGACAUGGCAAGGACGUCCAGAGAAUGUGGAAGCUGCACAGAAGGCACUGUUGGUGCGCGCCAAGGCAAAUUCCUUGGCUCAGCUCGGUAAGUAUUCUGGUGAGGGUGAAAGCGAGGAGGCUAAGAAGGGAAUGUUCGUCAAGGGCUACACCUAUUAAGCAUCAUUUAAACAUAGCAUUAGAUUUAGAUAAGCUUUUUAAUUUUGUUUACCCUAGUCUUUUAAGACUAGAGGCUUGAAUAACACAUGUGGAAAGAACAGUUUUUCCGAACUGCUACCUUGGAAGAGAUGGUUUAGUGAGAGAGAAGAUAUGUAUUCUUAUCAUCCUAAAUUAUUGUUGUUGAAAUUUUAUGAAUUCUGAGUGAGAGAUUUGUUUUGACCA